AAAUGCGGAGCAAGACAGUCUUGCAGCAUGCUGCUUCCUUGUCUUACUCAUGCUCGGGGCGGGUCUUAUUCCAGCACUGCGACAUUUGACCCUUGCGACUUUCCGUAGUUCACUCUACACUCCUGGUUGCUGCAAUGGCUGACGUUUCGGAGAGGACGCUGCAGGUGUCCGUGCUAGUGGCUUUCGCCUCUGGAGUGGUCCUCGGCUGGCAGGCGAAUCGGCUGCGGAGGCGUUACCUGGACUGGAGGAAGCGGAGGCUGCAAGACAAGCUGGCGACAACUCAGAAGAAGCUGGACCUGGCCUGAGCGCCCGCGGCGGCCCAAGCCCUCCGGGUCCUCACUCCCCAAGUCCCACGCGACCCGGAUCCGCUUGUCGAAGAUGGAUACAAAGCACUGGAAAGAAAGCAUUUCUUCUUGCACUUUAUGAAUCUAUUUUUAAAAUAAAAAGAUUAAACAACCUUGAA